UCCUGUUUAAAAUUAGCUAAAAGAAAAAAAACAUAUUUGUAAGCUUUUUAUUACAUUUAUUUCAAUUCACAAAUGGACGAAUUAGAGAAACUUGAACACCUUUCGUUAGUGUCUAAAAUAUGUACAGAAUUAGACAACCAUCUAGGCUUAAAUGACAAGGAUCUUGCUGAAUUUAUUAUUGAUCUAGCGGAGAAAAAUCCAUCUUUACCUGCUUUCAAAAAAGUUUUGCUAGAAAACGGAGCAGAGUUUAACGACUCAUUCAUUUCUAAUUUACUUCGGAUUAUUCAGCUAAUGAAACCAUUAAAGACCAGCGGAUCGUCUAAGUGCUUUGAUGAUUCAAAGACAGAAGAUAAAACGACAUUGUUAGCAAUGAAAUUUCCCGGAUUAGCAUUGCCAAAUGAACCGCAAAAGCUCCUCGAGUCAGAUGAAGAGAAACAAUUAAAAGAAGAAAAGCCUCUAAGUGAGCUAAUUGUGGAUGAUAUGUUUGCCGAAUUGGAGGCAUUAGCACCAAGCAAGUCUAAAAACGAAGAUGAAAAAAAAUUGAAAGAAAAACAAAAUUCAUUGAAAUCGCAUGAUCAUUCGGAAAAUCAAAGGAAACGCCGCAGUAGGUCUAGAGAUUGCUCAAGAAGACAUGUUUCCUCUAGGAACAGUAACAAAAACCGAAAUAGAAGUUCAUCUCGCGAUAGGAAUUACCGUAGAAGAAGUAGUUCUAGGGACAGGUCAAAAAAACGAAGAAGGCGUAGCAGAAGUAGAUCAACGGAUUAUAGUCACAGAAGACAAAAGCGAGGUUCUUCUCGAAGCCCGAGGAAAUCCUAUGGACAAAAGGAAGAAUUUAGCGAUGACCCAGAGCCAGGAAAGAUUUACAAUGGAAAGGUUGCAAAUAUUGUGGCGUUCGGUGCAUUUGUGCAGAUUUUUGGAUUGCGUAAACGAUGGGAAGGACUUGUACAUAUAUCACAACUAAGAGGAGAAGGUAGAGUCGCUAAUGUAUCAGAUGUUGUUUCGAAAGGCGAUAGUGUAAAAGUAAAGUGUAUUUCACUAGCGGGAAAUAAAGUAUCGCUGUCUAUGAAAGAGGUUGAUCAAAUAUCUGGAGAGGAUCUCAAUCCUGCAUCACAUUCUCAUUUGCAAGCAGAAAAAGAGUUCUCUAGUAGGAAUCCAGACCGUCCAAUAAUAGGAACAGAUAUGCUUCAGCUUCAAGGAAACAUGGAGGAUGAUGAGACUAUGAAAAGAAAAAAGGUCACGAGAAUUUCAAGUCCUGAACGAUGGGAAAUACAACAAAUGAUAUCGUCGGGUGUAAUAGAUCGUACCGAACUGCCAGAUUUUGAUGAAGAAAAUGGUUUAUUACCCAAAGAUGAUGAAGACGAAGAGGAUAUUGAAAUUGAAAUUGUGGAAGAUGAACCACCAUUUUUGCAAGGACACGGAAGAGCAUUGCAUGAUCUCUCUCCAGUUCGAAUCAUGAAAAAUCCUGAUGGAUCACUUGCUCAAGCAGCUAUGAUGCAAUCUGCACUUGCAAAAGAACGGAGAGAACAAAAGAUGCUGCAAAGAGAACAAGAACAAGAGUCACUGCCAUCAGGUUUGAAUAAAAAUUGGAUUGAUCCGUUACCUGAAGAGGACCGGUCUUUUGCAACAGUAGCACGCGGAACAACAGCAGGACCAGCGGAUGUUCCAGAGUGGAAACGAGCAGUAAUUGGUGGAAAAAAAUCUUCUUUUGGCCGUAAAACAGAUAUGAGUAUUGUCGAACAAAGGCAAUCUCUUCCAAUUUAUAAGCUAAAAGAUGACCUUAUUAAAGCGGUGAACGACAAUCAAAUUUUGAUUGUCAUCGGAGAAACGGGAUCCGGAAAAACAACACAAAUAACACAAUAUCUUGCAGAGUGUGGAUUUACAGCAAGAGGUCGUAUUGGAUGUACCCAACCGAGGCGUGUUGCUGCCAUGAGUGUUGCUAAGAGGGUUGCUGAGGAGUACGGCUGUCGUUUAGGGCAAGAAGUUGGUUAUACAAUCCGUUUUGAGGACUGUACGUGUCCAGAGACUUUAAUAAAAUACAUGACGGACGGUAUGUUAUUGCGAGAAUGUCUGAUGGAUUUAGACUUGAAAAACUACUCUCUUAUUAUGCUUGAUGAGGCGCAUGAAAGAACAAUUCACACCGACGUGCUUUUUGGUUUACUGAAACAAGCUGUGCAAAAGCGCCCCGAACUGAAAGUUAUUGUUACAUCCGCAACGUUAGACGCCGUGAAAUUUUCUCAAUAUUUCUUUGAAGCUCCUAUUUUUACAAUACCUGGAAGAACGUUUCCCGUUGAGAUCUUAUAUACGAAAGAGCCCGAAACGGAUUACCUGGAUGCCUCUUUAAUAACUGUCAUGCAAAUACAUUUGAGAGAACCACCAGGCGAUAUAUUGCUAUUCCUUACUGGCCAAGAGGAAAUUGAUACAGCAUGUGAAAUUUUGUAUGAACGAAUGAAAUCUUUGGGGCCUGAUGUGCCAGAAUUAAUCAUAUUGCCAGUUUACUCGGCACUCCCAUCCGAAAUGCAAACCCGUAUUUUCGAUCCUGCCCCACCCGGGAGUCGUAAAGUUGUGAUUGCUACAAACAUUGCAGAGACUUCACUUACCAUAGAUGGGAUUUAUUAUGUGGUCGAUCCAGGCUUUGUGAAACAAAAAGUGUACAAUUCUAAAACAGGUAUGGACUCUCUCCUGGUUACACCAAUUUCACAAGCAGCUGCAAAACAGAGAGCAGGUCGAGCAGGACGAACUGGCCCUGGAAAAUGCUAUCGCUUAUACACUGAGCGAGCAUACAGAGACGAAAUGAUGCCAACUCCAGUACCAGAAAUACAAAGAACCAAUUUAGCUACAACAGUUUUACAACUUAAGACAAUGGGUAUCAAUGAUUUACUUCAUUUUGAUUUCAUGGAUGCUCCUCCAGUGGAGUCACUGAUAAUGGCUCUCGAGCAGCUGCAUUCUCUGUCCGCACUGGAUGACGAAGGCUUGUUAACACGUCUUGGUCGACGAAUGGCAGAGUUCCCAUUAGAGCCGACUUUGUCAAAAAUGCUAAUUAUGUCUGUGGCUCUACAAUGCUCGGACGAAGUGUUAACUAUUGUUUCUAUGUUAAGUGUUCAGAAUGUAUUUCAUCGUCCCAAAGAUAAACAAGCGUUAGCUGAUCAAAAAAAGGCAAAAUUCAACCAGCAGGAAGGAGAUCACUUAACCCUACUGGCUGUUUACAACAGUUGGAAGAACAACAAAUUCAGCACACCGUGGUGUUAUGAGAAUUUCGUGCAAAAUAGGACGCUGAAAAGAGCUCAGGACGUAAGAAAACAAUUGUUGGGGAUCAUGGAUCGUCACAAGUUAGAUGUUUUAUCGUGUGGAAAGAAUUCAGCAAAGGUUCAGAAGACCAUUUGUUCUGGUUUUUUUAGAAAUGCUGCUAAAAAAGACCCACAGGAAGGUUAUCGAACGCUUGUUGACUCGCAAGUUGUCUACAUACAUCCGUCGUCGGCACUGUUUCAUCGACAACCUGAAUGGGUAGUGUACCAUGAACUUGUACAAACAACAAAAGAAUACAUGAGAGAGGUUUGUUCAAUAGAUCCCAAAUGGUUAGUAGAAUUUGCACCUGCCUUUUUCAGAUUCUCAGAUCCUACUAAAUUGAGCAAAUUUAAGAAAAAUCAACGAUUGGAACCGCUGCACAACAAAUACGAAGAACCUAAUUCAUGGCGAAUAUCACGUGUGAGACGACGUCGAAAUUAGGUCAUUUGUGCAUUUUCAUUUUUUUUUUUUUUUGCUAAAUUUCACAUGUUAAUGAUAUAUAAAUAUAAAUAUAAAGUAUCACCAAUC